CUUUGUCACGUAAACGCUUAAUAAUUUGUUAUAAACUAACUAAUGUGAAAGAUAAAUGAUAACAUUGAAGCGACAAAACAAACCACAAGUGAAAUGUAGACUAGGUCCUAUAUUUCAUUGAAAGCCAGGCAAACAUGGCGAUUUUACACAGAUCUCUGUUCACGUGUUUCAGUCUGUUAGCCUUUCUGAUACUUUUAGCCCUGAAACUGGACAAGAAAGUUAAAUGGAACUGGUUCCUGGUUUUCAUUCCGAUGUGGGUGUUUGACGCCGUCAUAGUCAUUUACAUCACAUUCAAAAUGAUCGCUCAGUGUAAAAACAGAUACAACCCAGGGCAGGUGUCAAUGCCGCGGAAAGUGUUUUACAUGAUUUUUGUGCUACUGAAGAUGUCGUUUCAGGUUUUGUUGUGUAUGAAACUGGAGUAUUACAACAAGGAAAUCAGCAUGUACUUUGUCAUGAUUCCGUUCUGGAUGCUGUUUAUAUUCGUCAGUAGUGAUGUUUCGCAUGGACUCUGGAGGAUUGCAACUAAAAAUGUCACUCUCUGUGGACGAAGAUGAAACUUUGCUUGGGAAGUUCUGAAAAAUUGUCUGUAAACGAGGACUUGAUUUUCAUGAUUUCUGUUUUCAAAGAUGUUGUGAAAUUCCUAAAAAUUUUAUUCCUAUGAUGAUUGAUGUCACUUUAUCAUGUUCAAUUGGCCCAAAUGUCAUUGCAAAAUGAAACAAACACAAACUCUUUGUACAAUUAAUGAAUGAAGGAAAGGACCAUAUCGAUUAACUUUACAUUAUAACAAGGAAAUGAAGAAAUAAAAUAAACAUAAAUAAAAUUGUA